AGAAAACUCUCUGGGUCUUUUCUUUCAGAUAUUAUGCGGCGAAUAUUAAUGGUAGAUUUAUGACUUUAUACUUUGCAUCUUGAAGUAUUAAUUUUCAACAAAUAAGAAAAUUUGAGUUUAUGGGUUCCAAUUUAAAUAAGUUUUAUAUGACUUUCUUGAAAAAUUGUGAAUGCAACACAUAAACAACAAAUCUUUUGAGUAACCCUCAAACUCUCCUAGUGUAUUCAAAUAUAAGAUUAUUAUUUCAAUAAAUAAACAAAGAAACUAACCAACCAGAUUCUAGGAUAACAAAAACGAUUUUAACUCAAAAUAUUAAUCUAAAAUUAUAACUUUUGAAAAUCAUUUUUGAAUUUUUCUUUUAUCAAUUAAUUAAUAAUGUGAUAAACUUUGAUAAAUCUUAAAAUUCAAGCCUUCACACAGUUGACAGAACUUACUGUAUAAAGGUAAGAUAGUAAAAAUCUAGCAUAAUAUAUAGACUGUUGUGUAAUAUAUAGUUGCAAAAAAAAAAUGACAACUCAACAUUAGAAAGUAAAAAUUGUGUUUUAGUCAGAUAUUUGGAAUUUAUAUUUAAGAUAUGGGUGAAUAGAAUUCUGACAAAGUAAUUUUUGUAUUUUAAAUAUAUUUGGGACUCUCUUAAUUCCUUCUUAUCAAUUCAAACAUAAAAUUUCUAUGUUUAAUAAUUAUUAAAAAUAAUUUCCAGUUCAUGGAAUCAACUUAUGUCAACAAAAAAGAUGUAAUAUGCAAGAGAACUUCUUGACUCUUUCGUUAUAUUUGAUAACAAAUCUUCUAUGGAGGUAUUGAAGGGCAAACAUGGGCUUUAGAAACCUUUCAAGCGAUAUACCCAUAUGCAUAAAUCCUUCUUAUAUUGA